GCCCUUCAGCAGAAGAAUGUGGAGUGCGCUCGCGUCUACGCGGAGAAUGCCAUCCGCAAGAAGAACGAGGGCCUUAACUGGCUCCGCAUGUCUUCCCGGGUGGACGCGGUGGCCUCCAAGGUCCAGACAGCAGUGACCAUGAAGGGGGUGACGAAAAACAUGGCCCAGGUGACUAAGGCCUUGGACAAGGCUCUGAGCUCCAUGGACCUGCAGAAGGUGUCUGCGGUGAUGGAUAAAUUCGAGCAGCAGGUUCAGAAUUUGGACGUUCAUACGUCGGUCAUGGAGGACUCCAUGAGCUCCGCUACCACGCUGACCACGCCACAGGAGCAGGUGGACAGCCUCAUCGUCCAGAUCGCGGAGGAGAACGGCCUGGAGAUCAUGGAUCAGCUCAACCAGCUCCCCGCGGGGGCUUCGGCGGUGGGAGAGAGCUCGGUCCGCUCCCAGGAAGACCAGUUGUCGCGGAGGUUGGCUGCCUUGCGGAAUUAA